CAUUUCCUGAAUCCGCUUCCGACGACACUGCUGCUUGUGCCACAGACUGAUCAGGGCUUUUACCCGAACAGCACUGAAUGGUAGCAGCUGAGAGACGGGUGCGUAGCGAGGGUUGCCAAACCCUGAGGAUUUCUCACGGCUCACGGACUAGAAUGCUCUAUAUGUAUCCCCAUAAACGGAUGCCAACCUCCAAACAAACCUAGGCUACUGAAAACUUUCAGUUCUACGUUUGACGCGGAGCUGUUAUUUAGAAUUUUUCAACCAGGUCCAAGAACAGGCAUCAUGCAGGUGCAAACUGUGGGCUAACGGUACUGAAAUGACUUGCUUGGCGUUGAUGCGUUUGUAUAGUGCCAUGCCAAACCCGCAUUGUCAGAUGUCAUUUUACUGUGCGUUAUACCAGUGUCUGGGAUUCCAACAUAGGCUACUGGGCCUGUCGUGUAAUUAGAAGUUCGUGAGGCAGUGGCAAACAAGCUGGUGCAAUGAGAAGCUACGCUGCCCAACACAUUUUGCGCAAUUUGUGUUAAAGCUUAUGGGUCCUGCGUACUCCGGCUUCCACUUGGAGAGGUGUGCUGCUGGGCUACAGCGCACUGGCUGUCGGCUUCACAUCUGGACCGCCUGGCUACUGUCAUCUGCGGCCUGUUUGGACUGUUUAGACACUCCCUGAACAUUUAGGGGAACUGACUGAGAUCGCCUCGGAUGGUUUCGUGUUAGGGAAAAGGGGUAAAUAUUUGGCUGGGACUUGGCUUUAUCGGUGAUCCACUGGAACACCGUUGUCCAAAGCUGGACUGGCUGACUACUCAAGGAAAAAACGCUUUUCCAGCUAUGGAUUUUGCUUAGCGAAGUCACGCAUUUUUAAAGGCAACGCUAGGGUGACAUUGCAGUCUUCUCACAUAGGUUAUUUCGUCGUCCGAGAAAAAAAUAAAAGAGUAAAAGUGGAGUAUUGUCCGUCAUACGUAUCAACGCAGUGGGAUUUCUACGUCUGGUCGGCGUUCACCCCCACCCUUCCCGCGGUGACGGUUAUGGGUCGGAAGCGGUGUGUCGGUGCAGAUUGUUCCAAGAUGGCGGCCGGGUGCUGCGGGGUGAAGAAGCAGAAGCUGUCGGGAUCGCCCGGGUCGGGGGGUCCCGGUGGGGUGGGGAUAGGAAACGGGGUGGCAGGAACCGGACAUUGUGGCUCGGAGUUGGGGAUUGGCUCCUCCGCGACCGUUGCAGCAGCGGCGAACGUGAUCAGAGCCAACGGCCUGGGGGGACCCGGGGGUAGCGUUAGCAGCAGCAGCAGUAGUAGUAGUGGUAGCAGCAGCGGCGGCUCAAACGCUCUGUCCCCAGCCCAGGCCGGUUACACUUCAUCCGGCCUCUCCCCAAAUCUCAGCUCGGGACCUGGUUCGGGAGGUGGAAGCAGAAAAAUGGUCGUCUCAGCGGAGAUGUGCUGCUUCUGUUUUGACGUGCUUUAUUGCCACCUCUACGGAUACCAGCCUCCAAGAACACCCAGGUUUACAAAUGAUCCCUACCCGCUGUUUGUCACAUGGAAAAUAGGCAGAGACAAGCGGUUGCGAGGUUGUAUAGGUACAUUUUCUGCCAUGAAUCUGCACUCAGGACUCAGGGAGUACACCCUUACCAGUGCCCUUAAAGACAGCCGCUUCCCCCCUAUGACGAGGGAUGAGCUGCCUCGCCUCUUCUGCUCAGUGUCUCUUCUCACCAACUUUGAAGACGUCGGGGAUUACCUUGACUGGGAGGUGGGUGUUCACGGUAUAAGGAUAGAGUUUUUCAAUGAAAAAGGAUCAAAGCGCACCGCCACCUACCUACCGGAGGUUGCAAAGGAGCAAGGUUGGGACCACAUUCAAACCAUAGAUUCCUUACUACGAAAGGGAGGUUACAAAGCCCCCAUCACAAAUGACUUCAGGAAGACCAUUAAGUUAACCAGGUACCGUAGCGAGAAGUUGACAAUGGGUUAUGCAGAGUACAUCGCCCACCGCCAGCACCAUCACUACCAGAACGGCAUUGGGCACCCUCUACCACCCUACAACCAUUAUUCCUGACAGCGAGCCGCAUGACCAAUCAUUGGACCUCUCCGCGGACCUUUUCCCAGGAGAGCCCGCCCCCUCCUGGUCUAGCUAUUUCUACUACUGUACCAUUUUAUGAUGAUAGUUUCCGUUGCCAUGCCGGCCGUCUCCCAGACGUUGACAUGGCAACGGGUGGCAACGAAGCAUCAUUUGAUUAUGGCAAGAAAUCCACAUUUCUUUUUCUUUGCUUGAGUUUUUGCAGCAUAUGUUACACGUUUAUCUAUAACCCCCCCCCUAUCCACUAAUAUUUUUUUGUUUAAUUAAACAAAUAUUAGAUUUUUAUCAAAAUUUCGUCUUUUGAGCAAACCUAAUCAGGAUUUUGAUUCUGUGGAUGGAAGGAAGUCUGUUUACCGUGGAUUUGUCUUGCGCUUAUAUUGUUUAGGCUUUGCUUGAGUUUAAAUUCUCAAAGAAAUUUCUUAUUUUUUCCAUUUUUAUUUUAUCUUAAUAUCCAGACAUGUAUACCAUGUAGCAACGCAACUGCAGGUCUCAGAGGCAGUGUCAUCUCUAUUCUGAUUCCUCUC